AUGUAUUGCCAAGUCUCUCUCCAUCCUGAUGAUAGGAACUUUCAGAGAAUUCUGUGGCGUGAAUCACCGUCAGAACCAGUGCAAGAAUAUAGACUAUGUACACUCACUUACGGAACCACUCCUGCUGCCUUUCUUGCUACCAGAUGUCUUCAACAGUUGGCUUUGGAAAAUCAAAACAGGUUUCUAAUGGCAUUGCAAGCCCUGAUGCCUAGCUUUUAUGUGGAUGACUUCUUAGGUGGCUCAGCUAUGGAAGCGGAAGCUCAGGAACUUCAAAUUCAGCUGACUCAACUACUUGCUUCUGGGGGGUUUCCACUGAGGAAAUGGUGUUCCAAUAGUCACAAGGUCAUGGAAGAAAAUCAUGUGCUGGACAGAGAAACGUCUUUGCCUUGUCAUCUUACUGGUGAACAAGCCAUAAAAACGUUAUGGAUAUUAUGGUACCCUGGCUCCGACACAUUCCAGUGCCAUGUGCGGCAGAAGAGUCAUCGGCUCUCAAAGGUUACCAAACGCAAUGUCCUCUCUACAAUAGCAUCAAUCUAUGACCUGCUGGGGCUUCUAGGUCCAGCAGUCAUAAGAUGUAAAUUGUUGUUGCAGCACUUGUGCCAAGUAAGCCUUGAUUGGGACGAAAUUCUUCCAUCCAACCUCACUGAUGAAUGGAAUGCUUUGGCAUAUGGUGCUUGUGUAUACGUCAGAUGUGUUCUUCCCAAUAACAGUGUGUUGGUCUCAUUGGCUGCAGACAAAUCUCGGGUUGCCCCUGUAAAACAACAGUCUCUUCCAUGA